AUGGCUGCACUUGAUAAAAUGAUUAUCGAUGAUCGGGAUUUAGCCAAUCGAUAUUUUGGCGAGAAUACUCUCGACGAUCUCAAUACAGACCAAUUCUUAUUUUCCAAACAAAUGAAAACUACUCAAGGAGAGUCAUCUUUGAAAUCCAGAAUGAAACAGGAUGCAAGCACAAAAGAAGAUGACCUCACAGGACUAUUCGGAAGGAGAGUUUAUUUAGAAUCACCGUCGUUCGACAAUAAAGAAGAAGAAGAUAUGUACAGAUACGUCCCAAGUCGUCUCAGUGAAGUUCCAGCACCACUUGUUGAAGGAACUGCUCCAACCAUGACAACCGAUACAUUGAUAGAUUCGUUGGAUUUUGAAUUGGACCUCCUCGGAGCAGCUCAUACUCGUCAUAGAUUCCCUUAUCGAACAACUACACAACUACUACAAGAUUCGAAACCACCUGCGCCAUUGACACAAUUACAAAAUCCGUCGAAACCAUUUUCCUUGACAAAUGCACCAAGAGCCGAUCCCCGUCAAGAUCCACUUCUUGGCCCAUUACUUGCUGAGCUGGACACCAUGACUACUCAACAACAACAACAGCAACAAUUAACACAGCCUAUGUAUAGGCGAAAUUCCGUUCCGUACGAACCAAAUCUUAUUCGGCCAGCAGUUCAAUCACAAUCGAACCAUCUAUUAUCAAAUACAGCUAAUCGUACAGUUAAUGAAGCUUUACUUGAAGCAGAACUCUACGAUUCACUUGAUCCAAAAGAUCAUCAGCCAAGCUACGAUCGUCAACAUAUAAUAUUCUCUGCUCCAAAUAGUACUUCAUCUCAUCAACUUCAACAGCAGCAACCGCAACGACUACCGCCACGCCCCUUAAAUAUGAAUAACGUUGAUGUAUUUAUGCCGACAUCUUAUGACAAUGGUACAGGAGUUUUCUCAAACCAAUAUGGUGCAAAUGAUCAAAUGUUCCAACAACCGUUACUUAAUGCUCUCGGUCAGAAUUACGUACCUAACGCAAGACAACACCCUCCUUCCCAACAUCAACAGCAACCACAGCCACAAACCGAACAACGAGAUAAAAGUUAUGAUGACAUUUACUCACGUAUGUCUCCACCACAGCGUUCUGGAUACGGCCCUUCACAGCAACAGCCACCGAAUAAUAAUAAUAAUCAUCAAUAUCAACCACAGCAACAGCAAAGACGACAGCAGCAGCCGCAGCAGCCGCAGCAGCAGCAGCAACAACAACAACAGCAUCCACAGCAACGUGAACCAUCAGAUAAAAGUUACGAUGAUAUAUAUUCACGAAUGUCUCCACCACAGCGUGCACCUUACAUGCCAGCUCAACAACAACAGCAGCAGCCACAACAUCAACCAAACAACAUGAAUCCUUAUCAACAUCAAUUACCUCCACCUGUACCUAAUCGACAAGCCACGUAUAACAAUAAUAACAAUCCUGAUAAUGAAAAUGAUCCAUUCAACGAAUUUCAAGAAAUGUUUGGUACAACUCAAUAUCAACAUACAUCUCAAUUACCACCUCCAGCAGCGUCUCAGCAUCAACCUAUGCCACCAGGACCACCAUCAUUCCGGCAGCAAAGAAUGCCACCACCAGCACAGCAACAGCAAACUAUGAAUCCCUCACAACCACCACCAUUUCCACAAACAAGAAUGCCACAACCACCGGCAGCACCUGUCUCAUUUCAACAACCAAGAAUGCCACAACAGCCACGAAUGCCACCGCCACAAUAUCCUUCACAACAGCAGUACCAAAAGUCUCCCAUAUCUACUCAACAAAAUGAUGAAUACCACUCAUUCUCACCGUUUAAUCAACAGCAACAACAACAGCAGCAGCCGCAUCAACAACAACAGUAUUACGACGAAGAAUUUCUCAACACAAAUUAUCCUUCAAAUAAUCAAGACAUGUUCUUCACUGAUGUUAACGAUGAUCAAUUCGACCAAACCCCUUAUCAACAACAACAUUCGCAAGGACAACCAAUGUCGAAUCAGCAGAAUGUAGAACAACAAGAUGAUCAAGAUUCCAAGCGACAAGCUGUAUGGAAUGAAUUGCAACGAACGAACGCCAAAGUUCAAGAAAAGAAUGCAAAGAAACGUGAAUCAGCGAAUCGACGUGAUCAAAUCUUAAAAGGCACAUAUGUUCCAAAUAACGCGUGGACUAGCACUGGAAGUAAACUUUCUUCUGCUCAAUCUAAAACAGGCGCAAAGUCUCCACCCGCACGUCGGCCACCGCUUCCACCUGCCUCGAAUACUAAUUAUAUCGAAGAAAACAUCGACAUGAUUAAAAACAAAGAGAACUUCUAUCAUCGUUAUCCAGCGAAGAAAUAUGAAAACCUAUACUCGAAACGCAAAGAUCUUUUCGGUGGUGGUACUAACAAUAAUCAAAGAAAUGAACAAAAUGGAAACCAAAACGCACAUAAUAACUUUGAUCAAGUACAACCAAUGAACCACGAUACAGGAACCUAUUCGAAUUCUGAGCGUCAAAACAAUCUACCUGUAACUAUUAAUCUAAAUCCAGGAAAUCGAACGCAAAAUGAAAAUCUUCCAGCAACAGUAUCAAUUCCUCUCGAUAGUCAUGUUACUCGAGUUGGUGAUAAAAUAUCUGUGAAUAUUGAUGUACGUCUUCUUGAUCUACAAAAUAUGAAACAACAACAACAACAAAAUCAUGGUGCAGACCAUUCUGGCUUAGAUCCACUGGAUCGACAUAUCCGAAAAUUAGAGAAUAGCAUUGAUCAAUCAUUACCACCAACUCAUUCUCCUCCUCGACGCAGUUCACCACCGGCAUCAGUACCAUAUCCUACCGUCAAUCCGUCCAUAGGUCGUUACGGUAAAACGACGAUAGGCUCUGGUCAAAGUGCUUACAGUCCACCGAGCUAUAAAUCAACUGAUCAUUACAGUUAUAGUGCUAAAGCAAGACAGGAGGAUUCUUAUCUAUCUAAACUGACACAAGUGAAGAAACCUGUAAACUAUAAACCGUAUACGGGUCGUGAUUUUGAACAGUUCAAAAAGAAUUAUGCAUUUGGCAGCGGUUAUCUAGGUUUUGAUUAUGACAAUCCUGAAUACAAAGAAAAAAGUGAUAAAAUAUCAAAAACUAAAGAAUAUGCUCAACAAAUCGAACUUCGGAAUAAGAAAAUACUCGCAGAUGCUCCUCGUCGUACAUUAUCAGAAACACGAAAACCACAACCGGAGCCGUCAGUUACUCAACGAGCAUUGGAAUAUGCUCGUGUAUCUACUCGACACAAAAUUCCGCUAAAUUCUGCCACUCAACCAUCGCCACCAUAUCGAGAUGAACCUGCGCCUCUUCAACGUCGACCAACUGAAGUACCUCGUCCACCACCUGUACCAAGACAAGUACCAAAAGUAGUACACAACGAUGAUCACGAUUUAGUCGAACGUUUAGCUCAACGUCAUGAACGUGAUAAAGCGCAAGUACAAGGUAUUCUAAAUCCAUCUCAGAAACGGCGUGAACAACUGUUCGACGAUGAUGAUCGCCGAAUGACUGAUAUUGAAAAAUUAGCACAAGAACGAGCUAAUCAAAGACGUUCAUCACCACCGAAACAGCCGCAUCCACCUGCACCAUCUACCAAUGGAAAUGCUCGACGGCCGUUAAGAUUUGACAAACCACUUUUACCCGACGAACCAGUAGCACCUUCACAGCCGCAAACUCGUGUGGUACCACAACCACCACCUCAGCAACUAUCUACACAACAACAACCUGCUCAAGCAAAAUCACCCGCUCCCCAAAUACAGCAUACCACUGAACAGCAGCACACUAUCAAACAACAACAUUCCAACGUAGACCAACUAGCUAAUCGACACAAUGAUGAAAAGAUCCUUAUGGAAGCUAUUCGUAAAGAACUCAGUGAACGUCCAUUAGAUGAUGACGAAGAACUAGUUGUUGUUGAACAAUAA